AUGUCCAACGAUCCACAAGUUAAGAAGGAGGAAGCUGCUGAAGAUACAUCCACGGCAAUCCUUAGACCAAAAUCCAGUCCAAACCGUUUAAUCGUUGAUGAAGCAACUGCUGAUGAUAACAGCGUGGCUACCAUCAACCCAGCCACCAUGGAAACUCUUGGCUUGUUCCGUGGCGAUACUAUCAUCGUACGCGGCAAGAAACGUAAGGAUACUGUCCUCAUCUGCCUUUCCUCCGAUGAUGUCGACGAAGGCAAAAUUCAAAUGAACAAAGUGGCGCGUAACAAUCUCCGCGUCAAACUUGGCGAUGUUUGUAACAUCCAUGCCUGCCCUGAAAUCAAAUACGGAAAUAGAAUACACGUCUUGCCUUUCGAUGACAGCAUCGAAGGUUUGACUGGUAACAUCUUUGACGUCUACCUCAAGCCCUACUUCUUGGAAGCUUAUCGCCCUGUUCGUAAGAAUGACACUUUCUUGGUCAGAGGUGGUAUGCGUACCGUUGAAUUCAAGGUUGUUGAAUGUGACCCUUCGGAAUUCUGUAUCGUUGCUCAAGACACCGUCAUUCACACUGAAGGUGACCCAAUCAAGCGUGAAGAUGAAGAAUCAAACCUUAAUGAAGUCGGUUACGAUGAUCUUGGUGGUUGCAGAAAGCAACUCGCUCAAGUCCGUGAGUUGGUAGAAUUGCCACUCAGACACCCUCAACUUUUCAAGUCUAUCGGUAUCAAGCCUCCACGUGGUAUUCUCAUGUACGGUCCUCCUGGUACCGGUAAAACGUUGAUGGCUAGAGCUGUCGCUAACGAAACUGGCGCUUUCUUCUUUUUGAUAAACGGUCCAGAGAUCAUGUCCAAGAUGGCUGGUGAAUCUGAGUCAAACCUCCGCAAAGCUUUCGAAGAAGCUGAGAAGAACAGCCCUGCUAUUGUCUUUAUUGAUGAAAUUGACGCUAUCGCUCCAAAGCGUGAAAAGACAAACGGUGAAGUUGAAAGAAGAGUGGUUUCUCAAUUACUUACUUUGAUGGACGGUUUGAAGGCACGUUCAAACAUUGUCGUUAUGGCUGCUACCAACAGACCAAACUCUAUCGAUCCUGCUCUUAGGAGAUUCGGUAGAUUCGACAGAGAAGUUGACAUAGGUAUUCCUGAUCCAAUUGGUAGACUUGAAAUUCUCAGAAUUCACACAAAGAACAUGAAAUUAGGCGAUGAUGUUAACUUGGAACAAAUCGCCGCUGAUACACAUGGUUACGUUGGUGCUGAUAUGGCUAGUUUGUGUUCUGAAGCUGCAAUGCAACAGAUUAGAGAGAAGAUGGAUCUCAUCGAUCUUGAUGAAGACACCAUCGACGCUGAAGUUCUCGAUGCUCUUGGAGUUACCAUGGAGAACUUCCGCUACGCCCUUGGUGUUUCUAACCCAUCUGCACUUCGUGAAACUGUGGUUGAGGUUCCAACUGUCACCUGGAACGACAUCGGUGGUCUUGACAAGGUCAAGCAGGAAUUACAAGAAACUGUUCAAUAUCCUGUCGAGCACCCCGAGAAGUUUAUCAAGUAUGGUAUGUCACCAUCAAAGGGUGUCUUGUUCUAUGGUCCACCAGGUACUGGUAAGACACUCUUAGCUAAGGCUAUUGCGAAUGAAUGUCAAGCCAACUUUAUUUCAAUCAAGGGACCAGAAUUGUUGACCAUGUGGUACGGUGAAUCUGAAGCCAACGUUAGAGAUGCAUUCGAUAAGGCAAGAGCAGCAGCACCAUGUGUUAUGUUCUUUGAUGAGUUAGACUCUAUCGCAAAGUCUAGAGGUGCAGGUGCAGGUGGAGAUGCAGGUGGAGCUUCUGACAGAGUACUCAACCAAAUACUGACAGAGAUGGAUGGUAUGUCAGCCAAGAAGAAUGUAUUCGUCAUUGGUGCCACCAACAGACCUGAUCAGAUAGAUCCUGCAUUAUUGAGACCUGGUAGAUUGGAUCAACUUAUCUACAUUCCAUUACCGGAUGUACCUUCAAGAUUAUCAAUUCUCAAGGCUACAUUGCGCAAGUCACCAGUUGCACCAUCAGUUGACCUUGAAUACCUCUCUAAUCAAACGAAUGGAUUCUCUGGUGCUGAUCUUACAGAAGUUUGUCAGAGAGCUGCCAAGUUGGCUAUUAGAGAGAGUAUUAGCGCCGAUAUGCAAGCAAAGAGAGCACAAAAAGAAAAGAUUGAAGCUGAAGGUGGAGACGCUGAUGCAGCAAUGGAAGUUGGUGACGAGGAUGAAGAUCCUGUGCCUGAAAUAACUAUCGCACACUUUGAAGAAGCAAUGAGAUUUGCUAGAAGAUCGGUUAGUGAUCAGGAUAUUAGAAGAUAUGAAAUGUUCGCACAGAAUCUCCAACAAUCAAGAUCGUUCGGAAGUCAAUUCAGAUUCCCUGGUCAAGGUGAAGGUGAAGGAUCAGCUGAGCAAGGUGGUUCUGGUCAAGGUGCAUUUGGAUCUGGCGGGGAUGAUGCUGAUGAUCUUUAUGCUUAG